CGGCCAUUGACUGUGCGACAAAAUGAUUCUUCUGAGGGGUGGAUACAUUGAUGGUAGUUAAGUCAUUCUACAGUUAUACUAGUUGACUUCUAAAAGCAGAUUCACAUUUGUCGUGCUGUAUCCUCACCCAGGCCAUAAAAACAUGGCGUAUUAUCAACAAUACGGGUCUGGGAACUGGCCCAGCCAAAAUACCCAGCAAGACGCAAGCAGGUGGCAAAUGCAGGGCCAGACACAGGGGAUGGCUGCAGCACCCUACAGUAAUCAGGGAGUCGGAGUAACUACCCAGGGCACCUACCCACACACAUAUUACGAUCAAAAUCGUCUUAUGCAGCAGUCUCCAGUGCCUGUCUCUUAUUAUGGACAAGGACCUGCUUCUCACUCCCAGCCUCUUCCUCAACAACUACAACAUCCUCAGCAGCAUCUUCAAAGCCAAAUCCAGGGUCACAGUAGUCCUCAAAUACUAGGCAAUGCCCCAGCAUAUACAUCCAUGUCUGGACCACCACUGGGUAGCCAUUCAGGUAUACUGAAAACUCCAACUAACCCUACAAGAGAUGGUCGUCCCCAAAACAAGAUGACUUUUAAGCAGAAGCUGGGGAUGAAGGGAGAUCAUAAAUUGAUUUCAAAGAACUCAUCCACUGCUUCUAGAACAGCUGGACAAGAGCAGAGGGCUAAAAUGGACAAGAAAGUAGAUAGUAAGGGAGAGGAAGAUACAGAGACAAAUUGGGGAUAUUGUGAUUUAUGUGAAAUUGAAAUUAAAGGAAAAACUGAAAUGCAUUAUAGGCAACAUUGUGAGGGCAUAGUGCAUAUGAAAAAGAUGGUUGACAGGAUGGUUAAAGAGAAGAAAGAGAAAGCAGACAAAGAAGCCAAAGAAAAGGGAAAAAUUGACAGAGAAUUACAGAAGUCGGACAUUGCUAAAAAACCUGAGGAGAGUGGUCCAUUACGCCCAAGUGAUGGUUUGAAGCAUAAAAUAAAGAUGGAACCCCUUGAUAAACCCUAUGUGACACACAAUUAUUGUAAGAUUUGUAAGACAAACCCAAGUUUAAUUGAGUUGGACCAUGUUCCAGGAGACGUCCAAGGACCAAACUCUUCAGCUAUUUGUAAGACAAACCCAAGUUUAAUUGAGUUGGACCAUGUUCCAGGAGACGUCCAAGGACCAAACUCUUCAGCUAUUUCCCCCUUAAAGUCUUAG